GAGGUCAGUAUAUGGUUGUUUUUGGAAUUUGGUGCAAGAAGUAAACACGUUUACAGGUUCAGGCGUAAAAAUUUAAAAUACAGAUCUACUGAAUUACGAAUAUGGUUAUUUUAAAGACUAUCCCAAGAAUACUAUCUCCAGAGCUGCUAUCUGUCCUUGCAAGAAUGGGUCAUGGCGAUGAAAUUGUGCUUGCAGAUGCAAACUUUCCUAGUGCAUCAGUAUCGAAGGCUGGGCCAGAACUGGUGCGUGCAGAUGGACAUGACAUUCCAAGUUUGUUGAAAGGGGUUUUGCAGUUGCUCCCACUUGACACAUAUGUAAAAGAACCAGUGGCACUUAUGGAUCCUGUCCCAAAUGACAAAGCUGCUGGCCUAAAAACACCCAUAUGGGAUGAGUAUAAGAAAAUUGUGAAUGAAUCUGAAGGAAAAACUAUAAAUGUCGAACUUGUUGAAAGAUUUGCCUUUUAUGAAAGGGCAAAAACUGCUUUUGCAGUUGUAGCCACAGGGGAGAGUGCGCUGUAUGGGAACAUCAUUCUGAAAAAAGGAGCUCUUCCUUAAAUUUGGAAUUUGUGUCUUUAACUUUUUAAGCAAGGAACAGUUGAUUUAACCAUAUUAAGAAAAUUAAUAAUUGUCAUCAACAUUAUCAUCAUCAUUCUUCAAUUCUUUAACCAUGAAAAUCUUGAAGAAAUUUUCCACCAUA